GAACGCUCUCGCCUAACUUGUAUACGGUUUGUACAGCUGUUUCACGUUGCUAAUAUUCUGCGCAAGAUGUUAUCCACGAUUUACAUGCAAGGCAGUGAUGCAAACUAGCUCGCUGGAAAAUAAAGGAAUUGUUGUGUGGCUGCCUUUUGGAUAAAAAGGCCCCCUGUUUCCCCUCGCCCACUAUGCGGAGGCUUCAAGAUACCGAGGCUGUCCGUAUAGAUCGUUUAUAUUUAAUGGAAGGUGGGACGAAGGAGAGGUUGUGAGGCUGGGGACAGACGGGACAUCGGCUGGGCUGAGGGGUGUUAGCAAGCUAGCUGUCGUCGUGACAGUAACAAUUAUAACGAAACAGUGACUUUCCCGUACAACAACCCAGUGGCUCGGUCAUCAUGGCUACGAAUGGCAUCAACUUAACGCCUGGGAUGGGAGAGAUCAUUCAGCUAAAUGUCGGUGGGACAAGGUUCAGCACCUCCAGACAGACUCUGAUGUGGAUCCCAGACUCUUUCUUCUCAAGUUUGCUGAGUGGAAGGAUAUCCACUCUUCGGGAUGAAACUGGAGCUAUAUUUAUAGACCGAGACCCCACAGCUUUUGCACCAAUUCUGAAUUUCCUAAGAACCAAAGAAUUGGACCUGCGGGGUGUCAACAUCAGCGUCCUGCGACAUGAAGCAGAGUUUUACGGGAUAACGCCUUUAGUACGGCGCCUGCUGCUGUGUGAGGAACUGGACCGCUCUUCUUGUGGUAGCGUUCUCUUCCAUGGCUACCUGCCGCCUCCAGCCAUCCCUGCCCGUAAGUCAGGGCCUGCCUCAGUCACCCAUGGCCCCUCCUCUGAUGGGCCGGGUCCCAGUGGAGCAGAGGGCUUCACACGCGUGGGUCCCCCUCCUCACCCAUCUCUCUCUGGCUCACCUGGAACAGACGACAACCACAAACUGGGUCCUGUGGUUGACCCCAGGAAGGUGCUGAUCAUAGCGGGACACCACAACUGGAUUGUAGCAGCUUAUGCUCACUAUGUCAUCUGCUACAGGAUAAAGGAAUCUUCAGGAUGGCAGCAGGUGUUUUCUUCCCCCUACCUUGACUGGACCAUUGAACGCAUCGCACUAAACGCCAAGGUGGUGGGAGGCCCGCAUGGAGACAAGGACAAGAUGGUGGCCGCCGCCUCUGAAAGUAACAUCAUCCUGUGGAACAUCCAAGAUGGAGGCAAUGGAAAUGAGAUAGGUGUGUUCAGUCUCGGUGUACCUGUGGACGAUCUCUUCUUUAUUGGGAACCAGCUGGUGGCUACAAGCCAUACAGGGAAGGUCGGGGUGUGGAAUGCCGUCACACAGCACUGGCAGGUUCAAGAUGUGGUUCCUAUUACCAGUUGUGACACAGCAGGGUCCUUUCUACUGCUGGGCUGCAACAAUGGCUCCAUCUACUACAUAGACAUGCAAAAGUUCCCACUGAGGAUGAAGGAUAAUGACCUUCUAGUAACAGAGCUCUAUCACGACCCUUCAAACGAUGCCAUCACUGCGCUGUCUGUCUACCUCACACCUAAAACCAGUGUUACAUAUUCUCUUGUCUCAGGUGUGAGUGGGAACUGGAUAGAGAUAGCGUACGGGACGAGCAGCGGGGCCGUGAGAGUGAUUGUGCAACACCCGGAGACAGUGGGGUCGGGCCCCCAGCUCUUCCAGACGUUCACCGUGCACAGGAGCCCCGUGACGAAGAUCAUGCUCUCUGAGAAACAUCUGGUGUCAGUGUGUGCGGACAACAACCACGUUCGGACGUGGACGGUGACGCGCUUCAGAGGGAUGAUCUCCACCCAGCCCGGCUCCACCCCUCUGGCUUCCUUCAAAAUCCUGUCUCUGGAGGAGACGGAGAGCCACGGGAGCUACGGCUCCGGGAAUGAUAUUGGUCCAUUUGGGGAGAGAGACGAUCAGCAGGUUUUCAUCCAGAAGGUGAUCCCCAUCACCAACAAACUGUUUGUGAGGCUCUCAUCGACUGGAAAGAGGAUCUGUGAAGUGCAGUCGGUGGAUUUGACCACCAUCUCUUGCUUCAUGGUGCGGGAGUGCGAGGGUUCGAGCCGCAUGGGGUCACGACCUCGGCACUAUCUGUUCACUGGUCAUGGCAACGGCGGCAUCCAAAUGUGGGACCUGACCACUGCGAUGGACAACGCUAACAAAGGAGAGGAGAAGAACAAAGAGGAUGUAGGCGGGCCUUCAGAGGAGGAGCUGCUGCAGCUGUUGGAUCAGUGCGACCUGAGCACCUCCCGCUGCGCUACACCAAAUAUUAGCCCCGCCCCCUCUGUGCUGCACCACACAUGCCUCAGAGAGUCCUGCUCAAGUCUGCAGUUACAGGCCCAGGAGCCCAUCCCUGAGAGCCAGGUGACCUACGGAGCGGUGCGGCCCUACAGAGAGAGCCCCCUGCUGGCCCGAGCCCGACGCACUGAGUCCUUCCACAGCUACAGAGACUUCCAGAACUUUUCCCUGAGUCGAGGGAUGCUGGACAGCACCGGGCCGCCCCCCCUGCCGGGCCCCGCCCAGACCCUCGAUGUCCGCCGCUCGCUCUGUGACUUCGGGCCCGACGACAGCGAGAGGAGGGCCUCGGCUCUGGAGUUCUGGGCCUGCCGGUCGUCCAGCUCCAGCUCCAACACGAUAACCGGAGCCACGGCAACGGCUGCUGUUUCUGCUGUGAAGACGGAGAGCGGCCCAGAGUCUCCUGACAGCCCCAUUCCAGGAGGUGACGUGAGGCGGAAGGUGUUUCCACAGCCAGAGGAGGGGGAGGGAUCAGGGGGAGAGGGGGGGAAGGCGGAGGGAGUUGUGAGGAAGAGAGGAGUCCUGGAAGGAGGCUUUCUGGGGAGGAAGAGGGCUCCCCCAGUUCCCCACCUCUCCUCCGUCACCUCUGGAUCUGAAGGGGGGGGCAGCGACUCAUCCUCCAACGCCUCCCCCUCCCCGACCAAACUGUCUUCCUCCACCUCGCCGCGUCACAGGAAGCUCGCGCCCGAACUGUCCAAUCAGGACAGCAGCCUGUGACAGUGAAAUCCUCUGUAGAGGCGUCCUGUAGGUACGCCUCUACAGAGGAUUCUGGGUAUCACAGCAGAGGAGGAAUAUGUCACGUCAUGAUGAACGUGGAUGAAGGACAUUCUUCUUUUGGGUUUCCACACAAGAUACUACCACGCUUUAAUUUGACUUUGUCCCAGGACGAGUUUACUAUACUCUGUUUUCUUUCCGGACCGUACUUAUUUAAACUUAAUUUAGGUCGCUGGAGCUCAAACAUCUGUGUCACACUUUGGACCCAAAAAUCGGUAAUCUGUCUUUCCUCCAUAAUGGAGCAUUUUCUCACACAAACAGCAUGCCAUCUCAACCAGCGCAGGAGUGCAUUUCAUUUUGGAUCUUUUGAGGGAUUUCAAGUUGCGUCACACUUGUAAAAUCUGCUGGGUACAACUGGAGCUCCUACUGUCUGAUGGGCUAAGAGGUUUGCAUUUUUAGGCACAAAUCUGACGCAAUUGGCCAUCUUAGUUAGUCUUGAAGAACUUCUAAAAUGUGUUUCUCGCUCUCUGUCGAUGUUGUUGACUCUACAUCUAAACAAACAACAGUCACAACAGAGCACACAGAGGUCUUCAUGGCCUGGUAUUGUGAAGGCUGUGCUGCCGGUUUGAAGCACAAAGCAGGCCACUGAUGUUCAGCUUGUAUCAUUAAGGAACAAAUGGAAACAAAACAAGCACAGCACUAAUAACAGAAUGAGGGUUUCAAAAAAUAUCUAAGGCGCUUUUCAUAGUGUAACACUUUUAAACAGAUAACAGAAUCAACAAAGGCACAGUUUCUACUUUUAUCAAAUAUAUAAACUGUUUAUCGUCUAAUAGGCUGGUAGGAAUGACUGUGCUCAGAAACUGACCUAAAUCAUUCAAGCUUACAUCUUACUUUCAAACAGAAAACUAACAACUAAUCAUUAUUUUUAUCGAUUUCAAUUGACUAUUGUAUAGCAAUGGGUGCAAACCUCUCCUUUUGAGAAGCUGAAACCAGCAGAAGUUUGCCAUUUUUGUUGCGAUUUAUGGAGAUUAAACAUAAUCGUUCCCGAUUUUUGAUUUAUCAGAAGGCCCCUUUAAAAAACUCCUGAUGUUAUCAAGUGUCGCUGACAAGACGUGAACUUUGUUACAUUUAUCCUUAAAAAUACCCUAAACAUGUGACCCUUUCCGUAACCUUGGCAGCUACUUAAACCCUAAUGUGAAUCCACUUUUCUGCAGCCAGAGGCACAACGUUUUUGUUGUUAAGCAAUGACACAAAAAGCCAACAGUCAGGAUAGGUUUUGCAGCUCCAGCAUGCUGGCAAUCUUCCUGGCAACUAUUUAACAAUGGCAGAAGAGCUAAAGUUCACUUGAUUUGCUACACAAAGAUGUUGGACUGAAACAACAAUGUGAACAUGUGUCUCAUUCUCACUACAGCUGGCUUCCUGAAAUGUACCUUUACAAGUUCCAGAUAAAUGUUCCUAUUAUAACAUUAUGGUAGCAUAACUGGUAAAGGUGAAAUGUUUUUUUUAAAUGAUGGAAGUAAGUCCCAGUAAGCAAUGCCAGUGAGCCAGCAUGCACACACCUGUGAGAUAACAUAUCCACCUCAUCUAACGCAGCAAUUUGACGAUUAUUUACAAAGUAUUUGAAAACAAAUUUGUUUCAUUUUGAGAAAAGCUAUCAAAUAUAAACAACUAAAUCUGUAGUUGUUGAUUUAUGCUUUGUGGUAUACAGUACAUUAUCAGUACAGUCCAUGGCCUUUCCUCCUCUAAAUAGAUCAACACAAUUUGGUACUUAUUUUAGUUCACACAUCUAGAAAAAGUUAAAUUCAGUUUUUCACAGUGGUGCCUGCGCAAUAUCACACUGAUUAUUUGUAUUUAAUAGUCUUUUAAGUAUCACAAUAUACCUACACUCAACUCAAUACAAGGACCUGGUACACUACAUCACUUUGCUCCAGUUGAAACAGAUUUGAAUGUGUCUUGUUUUGCUUUGGAUGACUGUUGCAGUGCCUUAUUUAACUUGAUGACGGUUAUCAGUGUGUGUUUUCAUAGUAAAGGAUUUAGACCAAAGGCUUGUGACGGCUGUGGAGCCAUAAAGCACCUGUUCACUCAGCUUGAACUGUCUCAUGAUAGAUUUAAAACUGGCUAAAACCGAAUAUGUGGUUUCUUGAAUGGAUAUACAGUACAUAUUAAAUUAUCAACAUCUUUGGGUGUAAAUUGUACAUAAUCUUGACAUAUGAAAACUGGAAAGUCCAUUUGGUUAUGAUGUAUUUGUGAAGGCCUAAAGGAGAGCCAAAAGGAUGGCUUUGGAUAAAAAAAUGGCAGCAACCUUAAUAAUUAGAGUAGCCAUUUUGUGAGCUCAACUGCUUCUUCACUGCUUUAACACAGCUGUUUGUUUUAGAUGAGUUAAAGAAACCAGGACAGCUCUUGAUCUAUGGUACAUUUAGCUAAUGCUGUCGGGGAAAUGUAAAAAUGUGUGACUUAAAAAGGGUAAAUAUAACAAGAAAGAGUUUCCUGAAAUGUUGAUUAUAAUUUGCCAAAUGAAGCAGCUAUAAAACAUAUUUUAAGUCGAUAUUUACCGUGUUGCUUAUCUUCAUCAUCAGGUCCCUGCCUGUACAAAGAUGUACAUUUUCAUGCACUAAUAACUGUAUAAAAAGUAGACAUAUUCAAAACUAAAUCCUAAUGUGGAUGCAUUGAUGUGUGUGAUGGUGUGUCAAUACUUACACUGUUGUUCAUGACAUAUUGUUAAUAAUCAUAAUGCCUAUAUUGAUAUUACCAUGCUAUUGGACCUAACUCUGCAUUUGCACUUGCACUAUUAAGAUUAAAAUAAAUUGCUAGUGUUUAUUUUAUAUAAAAUAUAUAGUUUAAAUUGUAUUUUAGCACAUAACUGUUAGUCUGUCCUUACCCCUCAGUUCCUCUCUGGCUAUGUUUACAUUAUAUUACAGCCAGAUCCUAGCGAGCUAAAAGGAAAACAUAUGUUUGUUUAAACUACCGUGUACAUUGUUUUACAUUGUGUAUGUUAGAAAUGCUGCAUUGUGUUAUAUUAUUAUUUACUGUGCACACCCAUGAUCAAAUGAUGUUAACAUUAAACACGUCAGAGCUUCAAUGUUCAUGCGAUUUAAAGUAAAACUCACUAAAACUUC